CUGAGAUCUUUCAUCAUCAAUCAAUCAAUCAAUCUUCUCUCCACUUCAGUCUAAUACAAAAAAAAACAAACACAAUGCAGAUUCACAAACUCUGUUUUAUUGCUCUGUUCUUAGCUCAAGCAGCCUUUGCCGUUAAGUUCAACUUCAAAACCUUCGAUGGAGACAACUUGAUGUUCCUCGGAGACGCAGAGCUUGGUCCUGCCUCCGACGGUAUAAACCGAUCCGGAGCCUGGUCCAUGACCCGUGACGAGAACCCAUUCUCUCACGGCAAAGGUCUCUACAUCAACCCCAUCCCUUUCAAGCCUUCCAACGACUCUGCCCCUUACUCAUUCGAAACCUCUUUCACUUUCUCCAUCACUCCUCGCACCAAACCAAACUCCGGCCAAGGCCUCGCCUUCAUCGUCGUCCCAACCGCCGAUAACUCCGGCGCCUCAGGCGGUGGAUUCCUCGGAAUGCUCAACAGAACCAACAACGGGAACGCGGAGAACCACCUCUUCGCCGUCGAGUUCGACACUUUCCAGAACAAAGAGUUCCAAGACAUUAGUGGCAACCACGUCGGGCUCAACAUCAACUCCAUGACUUCUAACGUCGCGGAGAAAGCUGGUUACUGGGUUCAGACAAGAGUCGGGAAGAGGAAAGUUUGGUCUUUUAAAGAUGUGAACCUGAGUAGCGGAGAGAGGUUCACGGCUUGGGUUGAGUUCAGAAACAAAGACAACAGGAUUACUAUUACGCUCGCGCCUGAGAACAUGAAGAAGCCUAAGAGACCUUUGAUCCAAGGUCCGAGAGAGCUCAAUGAUGUUGUUCUUCAAAACAGUUACGUCGGUUUUGCUGGUUCAAUGGGACGUGCCCCUGAGCGUCACGACAUCUGGAGCUGGUCUUUCGAAAACGCCGCCAAGAACAACUAAACCGGUUUUGGCCAUGAAUAAUUAAGGUUUACAACUUUAAACAAAUAAAAAAGCCAAAUCUGUGGCUUAUUCUGUAUUGUAUUUUUUUCAUGUUAUUUGUACGUACUCUGAGAUUAUGAAUAAAAUAAACUUUAUUUUUAAA